UGUAAGAUCCAUUUUGAAUGCUUUGUGUGUUCGUGAAAAUCCCUCCAUGUAUAUACUUGCACUUUGUUCCUAUUGAUUCUUUUAGUCGUACAAUGUUAACUUUUUGACUACAGUUGAAUUGUUAAUAUUUGUAUUUUAUUAUAGUUUUUGUUUUUACCACACCUUCACUAAUUCCCUAUGCUUCUUCCCGAACUGCACUUAUGUUGUUUUACUUUAUACUAAGUCUUGGCGGCAGCCAUUUUGGUUUGUUCCUGUUUGUGAUUGCUUGACCUGCGUUGACUGGGACUGUGCAUUUUUGUUGUGAAUUGAAGCACUCUUCCAGAAUUGAAAACACUCUGGGUUAUAGAGCGACCAAGUAUUACCUUUUGAACGAAUCUGUACGUGAUCUAUCCAGACAGGAUAGAAUAACAUUUAUUUGUGGUGAUUGGUAAUUUUCUUGCAUCCUUUAUCAACGUUCUUAUUUAUUAUAGUUUAGAGUUGAUCAAUUAAACAAUCAUUGGUUGGAUAGCUGAGUGGUUAUAUUUGUUUAGAACCGCUAUCUUACCCAAUUACUUUGUUUUGGUUUCAAUCGGGCGAGGGCGCGUAUCUAACUCAUCCAGACAGCUGUCCAGCAGUCCAAACGUAGUUUGGAUCUUACAGUUCUAAACAAAUAUUUGGUCGAAUUCGUUUGGCUUUCGUUUCGUUGAUUCCAAUCAUCGUCUCUGGGAAUAUCUGGUCGUUCGCUUCCGAUGCCAAACAAUCGUCGAAGGAAAUUAAGUCCAAGGCUUGUGGAUGUUAAAAGAGAUGAACAAAAGGAUGGAUCCCCUCAAUCAAAGCAAGUGCCUUCUGAUGCUUCUAUGUGUCAUGGUUCAUAUUCUAAUAGGGACGAUUGUAAUUAUAGUGAAUCUAGUUGUGAUAUAAUGUCAGAUGGCAUAGAAAACCUUAAUUUAGACGUGAAGCAAGCAAAAGACGUAAGGCCGUCGGCGUUUUUCAUAGGUCCAGAGUUACCAAAGGUUGAGUUAAGUUAUUUCGACGGUCAACCAAGAGGUUACUGGAAGUUUUUAAGGGAGUUUGAGACCUAUGUGGAAUCAAGGGUCAAGGAUGAUGGUCAACGCUUGCUUUAUUUGAUACAUUAUUGUAAGGGUAAAGCGAAAACAGCCAUUGAGGGUUGUGUUAUGUUGGAAGCCUCUUUUGGUUACAAAAAGGCCAAAGAAAUUCUAAAACGGUUGUUCGGACAGGCGCAUGUAAUCGCUCGGGAGACUUUAGAGGACUUAUUCAAAACUACAAAUGUUGAUUACAGUGAUCCUGAGCAACUAACAAAUCUAGCUAUUAGGAUGGAAAAUUGUUCUAUGGUUUUGAAACAGAUGAAGUAUACUGCCGACUUAAAUUCUUUAAUUACCUUAGAGAGAAUAGUAGGACUCUUACCUCAAGUUAUGCAAGCCCAAUGGGCGGACUGGGUAGAUGAAUUGACUGAAGAUAAUAGAGAACCGACCUUUGACGAGCUUACACAAUUUAUAGCAUCCCGCGCGAGGGUAGCUAAUAGUAGGUUUGGACGGUUAGCGAAUCGUCCGAGAAAGGGACACAACGUAAAGACAAAUUGUCACUUGCAAUUGGAGCAGGCGAAUAAUUCGAAAGAGAAAGCUAAAUGCAGUGUGUGUUCCCUAGACCAUGCUAUUUAUAAAUGUCCAAAAUUUUUAGCGCUUACCGUUCAAGAGAGAUGGUCUCACGCGAAGGUUAAUGGCAUCUGUUUUGUCUGCCUCAGGCAAGGGCAUAAAGUUAGUGAAUGUAAGCUGGCAAAACGUUGUAACGUUGAGGGUUGUGAAAGGAAACACCAUUCUUUGUUACACAGCGAGAGUGAGAAACCUGGUACCUCGAGUUGUUGCGGAUAUACUAAAUCACUAAUCAGUCAAGUGUGUUUAGGCAUGAUUCCCGUACGGUUGAAAUCGCGAAAAGCCGAGAUUGUGGGUUACGCUCUGUUGGACAACGGUUCUGAUGUGACACUGAUAAAAUCAAACUGUUUGAGGUCUCUCGGGCUGAGCGAAGACGAAGCAUCAGUGGUAGUUGAGACUGUGGGCGGUAUUAGAACAAUGAAGGUCACGAGUGCGCCUUUUGAGGUACAUUCUUUAGAUCAAUCUGAACAUGUUACUAUUGAAGGAGCUCUGGUUGUAGCGAGUAUACCAGGUCAUAAGCCAACAAAAUCAGCAAUGAACAACCUAGUUAAGUGGCCGCAUUUAAGUGAUGUGCCAAUAGAUAGCCUAGACUCUGAAGAAGUUUUACUGUUGAUUGGUUGUGACGUACCAGAAGCACAUUGGGUGUUAGACCAACGGUUGGGUGGAAGGAAGAACCCGUACGCUGUGAAAACGUUGCUGGGGUGGACGGUUUUCGGACCCGCGUCAUAUUCGGAACAUAGGAAAAGAGUUGUUAAUCAUACCAGUAAAUUACAGACUUUGGAGAACGAAAUACGUAAACUUUACGAUGUAGAGUUUUCUGAUGUUUAUUCAAAUGAUAAAUCAGUAUCACUAGAAGAUAGUGCAGCUAUAAGGAUUGUGGAAGAGGGCACACGCUUUGAAAAUGGUCAUUUUGUAGUUCCUAUACCAUGGAAAGUGAACCCAAAUAUGAAAGGGGGGAACUAUGAAGUGGCAAGCAGUAGACUACAGAGUUUGAAGCGUAGAUUGUUGAAGGAUGACAUUCUGUAUAUCAAGUAUACGAAAGGUAUUGAAAGUAAUUUUAUUAAGGGCUAUGCGGAGAAGAUCCCUGAAAUGCAAUUGCAACCUAGUUAUCGCCCCCGGUGGUACUUACCUCAUCAUGCAGUUAUAAACCCGAAAAAGCCAGAAAAACUGAGAGUGGUCCUAGACUGUGCCGCCAAAUUUGCAGGCGUUUCUCUAAAUGAUAUGAUUUAUCAAGGACCCGACACAACUGCUGAGUUAGUGUGUAUAUUAUUGCGUUUUCGCAAAGAAGCAGUCGCAAUCUCUGCGGAUGUUGAAGAAAUGUUCAUGCAAGUGAAGGUCCCUGAGUCUGAUCGAGGAGCUUUAAGAUUUCUGUGGUGGCAGGAGGGAGAUAUGUCGAGAGAACCUUCCGAGUUUCAAAUGACAUCUCAUCCAUUUGGUGCCAUAUCUUCGCCGUUUUGCGCGAACUUUGCCUUGAAUAAGACGGCCCAAAUAUUCUCUGAUGGGUAUGAUGGCUAUGUCGUAGAUGCUGUUAAAAAUAAUUUCUAUGUUGAUGAUUGCUUGAUAUCCUUUUCUACUUGUGACCAAGCAAAGAGUUUCGUUAAGCAGAUAAGUGAAUUAUUAUGUAGAGGAGGCUUCAAACUAAAGAAAUGGGUUACCAACUCGGAGGAGGUAAGGACCAUCUUGCCUGAUGUAUGUAAAGAGCAGUCCUUGAUAGAAAUGUCAACGAGUUACGACACUACUCAUCGAACCCUAGGUGUAGAAUGGGAUUUUAAACAAGAUGUAUUUAAGUUUUACUUUGAUACACCGGAAAGGCCUCUGACUAGGAGAGGUAUUCUAUCUAUAGUUUCUUCUCUGUUCGAUCCUCUGGGUCUAAUUGCUCCAGUCUGUCUUACUGCCAAACUGCUCUUGCAAAAAUUAUGUAAGUCCCAAAUAGGCUGGGAUCAGCCUCUGAACGAGCCAUACAUAUCCGCAUGGCUAAGCUGGGUAAAUUUUAUGCGUCAGAUAGGUCACGUCACGAUAGCUCGAGGUAUCAAGAGGAGAAUCGACGAACCCGACGCGAAAGUGGAAUUGCACUUGUUCAGUGAUGCUUCAGAGGUUGGUUAUGGAGCAGUUGCUUACGCACGAGUCAGUUAUUUGAAGGAACCACCAUAUUGUAUCUUGUUGUACAGCAAGUCUAGGGUAGCACCUAUCAGACAAGUCACUAUACCGAGACUUGAGAUGGCGGCAGCGGUGUUAAGUGUGAGGCUUAGUGAAGUAUUACGGAGAAGUCUGCCUAAUUUUUUCUGCAAAGUAAACUUCCAUACAGAUUCCAUGAUAGUGUUAUACUACAUUAAGAAUGUCGAGAACCGAUAUAGCACCUAUAUAGCCAACCGCCUCGCCGUGGUUCACCAGUAUACGAAGGUUGAACAAUGGAAUUAUGUAAAGUCGUCACACAAUCCAGCUGAUUGGACUUCAAGAGGUAUACAAAAAAUGA